AUGUCAGGGUGGGACGAAGGAGCGAUCUACUACAGCGACCAAGCGCAGUCGCUCGGCGGCGACAGCGGAGACCCCGGAAGCAACGCGGCAGCCGCCACCCGCCACUCGGCUCUGCAGAAAUUCAAGGAAUUCAUACGAAGCUUCGAGACCCAGAAGAAUGUAUUUUCGUACAGAGAGAGCCUCCUCCACAACCCUAAAUACCUGCUUGUCGACAUUGAAGACCUCGACGCCUUCGAUGCCGACCUCGUUGCAAAGCUCCGCAAUUCCCCCGCUGAUUACUUGCCUCUGUUUGAGAACGCAGCGGGUCAGGUUUUGGCGAAUUUGAAGACGAAAGUGCCCGGAAACGAAGGGCAAUUGGAGGAACGGGUGCCUGAGGAUGUUCAGAUUUUGCUGACCUCCAAAGAAGACCCAGCUUCAAUGCGCCGGCUUGGGGCACAAUGUAUAUCGAAACUUGUCAAGGUUGCGGGGAUCACUAUAGCUGCUUCAAGGGUCAAGGCAAAGGCGACUUAUGUGAUUGUGAUGUGUAAAAACUGUAAAAAUGUGCAGAGAGUACCUUGUCGGCCAGGCCUUGGCGGGGCAAUUGUCCCCCGCUCUUGUAACCAUAUUCCUCAGCCUGGAGAAGAACCUUGUCCCCUUGAUCCAUGGGUUGUGGUUCCUGACAAGAGCAAGUAUGUUGAUCAGCAAACCUUAAAAUUGCAAGAGAACCCAGAGGAUGUACCUACUGGAGAGCUUCCGAGAAAUAUACUUCUGUCUGUGGACCGCCAUCUUGUUCAGACAAUUGUGCCUGGGACAAGAUUAACCAUCAUGGGCAUUUAUAGCAUCUAUCAAGCUUCCAAUUCUUCCACUUCCCACAAAGGAGCAGUUGCUGUUAGGCAGCCUUACAUCAGAGUGGUAGGAAUAGAAGAAGCAAAUGAUGCCCACUCUCGAGGUCCCGCUUCUUUUACACAAGAAGAGAUAGAAGAAUUCAAAAAGUUUGCUGCAGAACCUGAUGUCUAUACAAGUAUAUGCUCAAAGAUUGCUCCCUCUAUAUUUGGUCAUGAUGACGUAAAGAAGGCCGUGGCUUGUCUUAUGUUUGGGGGAUCUAGAAAGAAUUUGCCUGAUGGUGUGAAGCUAAGAGGUGAUAUCAAUGUCUUACUUUUGGGGGAUCCAUCUACUGCUAAAUCACAGUUUCUCAAGUUUGUCGAGAAGACAGCUCCUAUAGCUGUGUAUACUUCAGGAAAAGGGUCAUCAGCUGCUGGUCUUACAGCUUCGGUGAUCAGGGAUAGCAGUUCUCGUGAGUUCUAUCUUGAAGGAGGAGCCAUGGUUUUGGCAGAUGGGGGUGUUGUCUGCAUUGAUGAGUUUGACAAAAUGAGAUCGGAGGAUAGGGUUGCUAUUCAUGAAGCCAUGGAGCAGCAAACCAUAUCCAUUGCCAAAGCAGGAAUAACAACUGUUCUUAAUUCUAGAACCUCUGUGCUUGCAGCUGCUAACCCUCCUUCUGGGCGUUAUGAUGAUCUUAAGACUGCACAGGAUAACAUAGAUUUGCAGACAACGAUUCUUUCUAGAUUUGACUUGAUCUUUAUUGUUAAAGAUAUCAGGAUGUACAGUCAGGAUAAGAUUAUAGCAAGUCAUAUCAUAAAGGUUCAUGCGUCUGCUGGGGCAGCUCUGGGUGACAAUAGGGUAGUAUCUAAAGAAGAGAAUUGGCUGAAGAGAUACAUACAAUAUUGUCGUACUGAAUGUCACCCCCGUUUAUCGGAACCUGCAUCCAAGAAGCUGCAGGAUAAUUAUGUGAAAAUCAGACAGGACAUGAGACAGCAAGCAAAUGAAACCGGGGAGGCUACUGCAAUACCAAUCACUGUAAGGCAGCUGGAAGCUAUUGUGAGAUUGAGUGAGGCCCUUGCAAAAAUGAAACUGUGCCAUGUUGCUACUGAGGAUAAUGUUAAGGAAGCAAUAAGACUAUUUACCGUGUCCACAAUGGAUGCAGCAAAGUCUGGAAUAAAUCAACAAAUCAAUCUUACUGCUGAGAUGGCAAACGAAAUUAAGCAAGCUGAAACUCAGAUAAGGAGAAGAGUAGGCAUUGGGAACCACAUAUCAGAGAGAAAGCUGAUUGAUGAGCUCACAAGAAUGGGGAUGAAUGAAUCUAUUGUGAGAAGAGCUCUUAUAAUUAUGCACCAGAGGGAUGAAGUUGAAUACAAGCGAGAAAGACGUCUUAUUUUACUUUACAUUAUCACAAGCAUUGGGAGCACCCAGUCAAAUGCAAAGGGUAAGCUGCGCGCAGUAAUAGCAGGCGUAACGGAGGAAGUGGACACCAUUCGAAAUCCAAAGGAACCGAGUAUUAGAGGAAUUGGAGGAGGGAGGAUGGGUCAUGGUGUACACAGUACCAGAGGAACCACUUUACCAUUUUCUUGUUAUUCUUGUUCAGUUCGGUCCUCCUCGUCGGUUUCUCUGACUCAGCGGCAGCGUCCUCCGAGUCUUGGCCCGAGUUAUGUGAGGUACGCGGUGCUUGGUGCUGGCUUCGCCGGCCUCUCAGUUGCGUGGCACUUGUUAAAGCAGAGUCCCAAAGACUCGCGUAUACGCAUUGAUAUUUACGAUGAAGUUGGAAUCGGAGGAGGUGCAUCGGGCGUUUCAGGAGGCCUUCUUCACCCUUAUUCCCCUAAAGCCAAGCUUCUAUGGCGUGCUGCCGACUGCUGGAAUGAAUCUUUAAACCUUUUGAGCGUUGCCGAAGCAGCAGCAGCAGCAGCUUCUGCUGCUCAAAAUCCUAAUGAAGACGACCUAUUGCCAAUUGUUAGAAGAAGGGGCAUCUUGAGACCAGCCCUGAGCAUGAAGAACUUGAUGUUGUUGAAAGAUAAUGCCCAGAAUUGCCUUGCCAGUUGCAGAAUAGAAACCAUUGACAACGAUGCUGCCCAAAAUCUUCUACCCAGUAUAUGUGUACCUUUCAACACCUCAUUUUAUAUGCCUGAAGCUGUUAAUAUUCAUCCUCAACGCUAUUUACAGGCACUCUUCUUAGCAUGUCAAAAUUUGGUGAAGGAACUAUAUUCUGAUGGCUUCGGAGUAAAAGAAUUACAUUUGCACAAGAGUUCUGUCCACAAACUCCUAGACCUAGAAGGUGCGAAAGCAGACUUGCUUCCUGAGCUUUGUGGGAGGCUUCCUUUGAGGACAUGCAGAGGUGUCGUUGCACAUCUUCAGCUUCCUGAUCAUUUAAGAGAGGAGUAUCCAAGUCUUGGCCCCUCGAUAUUGUCAGAUGCUUGGCUUGCUGUGCAAGGUCCUCGAAAUUUAUAUAUGGGCUCAACAUGGGAAUGGAAAUCAAGAAACUCAUCACCAAAUGUAUGUGCAGAUGAAGCCACGGAAGCCCUUAACGAGCUUCUGCCAAAGGCAUGUGCCAUUUUUCCUGCUCUAAAGGAUUGGAGCUUUGCUGGAGCCAGGGCUGGCCUGAGGGCAAUGCCACCACUCACUCCUCAUGGCUCACUUCCCCUUUUGGGUUGUGUCAAUGACAUUGUAGGCGAAAACCGAACCUCCAACUACUGGUUAUUUGGAGGGCUUGGUUCAAGGGGAUUGUUGUACCAUGGUUGGCUUGGGAAGUUGAUGGCACAAGCUGUGCUUUCAUGUAGUGAAGAAUUAAUCCCAGAUGAAUUAACCUCCUGGAAGAAAAGAAGACAAUAA